AUGGAAUACUUGGCCAUUCUGGAGGACCAUUGUUCGCGCAUAUGGGACACUUCUGCGGAUCGAACGCCGACAAGCAGUAGUGGAAGUGGCGGUAAUGGCGCUCAUCUUCAACAAGUCAGUUCUGACGCUCUCAGAGGGAAAGCUCCCACUUCUCUAACGUCCCAAGGUCGAGAUCCAGUUUCCUGUAGACAUGUUCCUUCAUUAGAAACCCAAACUCAGGAGGAGAACGAGAUUGAGGACGAUGCCAUUCAACCACCCCUUCUACAAGAAUCCUUAUCUCCACUCCUUACCUCAAAUACUACAAAUUCUUACAGCCAAUUCGAUUUUCAUCAACAGGUUGGCGAGGGCAAACUUGCUGCAGAACUUCGGAAUCAAAAUCGGUGUACAUCAUCUCCAGUUGCAUCAUCAUCAAAUUCGGGUGGUGGAUUGGUCAUCGGCUACUACCUCUGCGACGACCCGGUUCCUUAUCGAAGUCAAUGGCCGUCCAAUGUCAUCACUCUUGGCCAAUUCAAACAUUUGGUUCCGAAGAAAGGCCUCUUCCGGUGA